AUGUCUUCUACACAAUCAUCUCGCCCGUCCCAUGCCGCAGAGACCGCGCAACUCACCCCGGACCAGCUAGACGUCCUCUACUCCGCUGAGGUAUUCGACGAAGAUGGUCAAAGUCACCAGCUCGACAGGAUCACGCAAGGCAAGCGGGUCCUACUCGUCUUCAUCAGACACUUCUGGUGCCCGUCUUGCCGGGCGUACAUCAAGCAUCUGAGCAAUUGCAUCCCACCAGAGAGCCUGCCACCUGGGACUUGUAUCAUCAUUAUCGCCAAUGGCCAAUACCAGCCCAUCUCAGCCUAUCGUCAAGCCACGCACACCCCUUAUGCGAUAUACGCCCAUCCCUCGCUGGUCAUCCACAAAGCCCUAGACUUCCGUGCGCCCAUCUCGAUCAUACCCCACCCGCUCGAAGGGAGCAAAGCGUACGAAGCUGGUGUGGGCGGGCGAUGGCGCAUGUUUUGGACGGCGGUGACGGAGGGGUUGAUGGUUGCUCCUUUGCAUCUGACGAAGGUGGGGCCGCCGGGGCAGCAUGGUGGGGAAGUGGUGUUGGAGGCUGACGGCACCUGCUCGUUCAUCCACAGAAUGGAGCAUGGAGGGGACCAUACCGAUCUGGAAGAGCUCUCGGAUAUCAUCGACGCUAGCUAUAUCCCGAUGGAGAUGGAUGAUGAGGGAGUGGAGAGGGAAGGAGGGAAGGGGGAGGAGUGGGGGAACUUGCCAGUGAUGCUGGGCGGGCUCGUGCUGGGUCUGGCGGUCGGGCUGUACUGGAAUAGCGUGUAG